CCGCCUCCGGCCGCGUACAUUGUUGCAAGAUUCUAAAGCCGGAGAGAGGAAGUUGAGUGUUAUUGACUGGAAGGAAGGGGCUGUCACAAGUGGAGGAGUCCGUAAGCUGGGGGGACAGGGGAACCUGGGGGACCAACACCUGGAGAGCCAUGGAGAAAAAACCUCCUCCCGAGAAAGAAGAGGGAAAAGAGGAAGAGGAGGAGGAGGAGGAGGAGGGGGGGGAGGAGGAAGAGGAGGAGAGCGGUCCCGAGGGGGCCCUGGGGAAGAAUCCAUUCCAGCUGACCGCCGACGACGUCUAUGACAUCUCCUACGUGGUGGGCAGGGACCUGAUGGCCAUCACUGGGGAAUCCAGGGAUGUGUCGGCCAGGGUGACCCAGCUCCAGUUUAAAAUCGUGCGGGUCCUGGAGAUGCUGGAGGCCCUGGUGAAUGAUUGCAAUGUGACCAUGGAGGAACUCCGGAUGGAGAGAGACAGCCUCAGGAAGGAGGUGGAGGGGCUCAGGAGCGAGGAGCAGCCCUCGACCACGGGGGAGGUGAAAUCUGGGACCAACAAAAUUAUAGUGGAUCUGACAGACCCCAACCGCCCCAGAUUCACAAUGCAUGAACUCCGGGAGGUGCUGCAGGAGCGAAACAAGCUAAAAUCCCAGUUGCUGGUGGCCCAGGAGGAGCUCCAAUGCUAUAAGAGUGGGCUUGUCUCCCCAAGUAACAACCAGUUGGCCAGAAGAGACCCCAAAGCCCCCGUGACUGGCAGCACCACCUCCAAAGGAGCCAAACAGGAGAAAACCAUCAUCCGGAAGCUCUUCUCUUUCAGGUCAGGGAAGCGGACCUAAUCCUGCGUGGGUGACCCGUAGUGGCCAGCAAUGAAGACCUGGAAAGCCUUUCUUGUGCCAUCUGUAGAUAAUGAUAUUUUUGACUCGUCUAUUUUUCCCUAAAAAAAUAGUUCAAGAAGGAAAUAUACAAUUUGGUUUUUCCUUCUCCUUCAUUUCUCCUUGCCUCUCAGUGAAGAGAAAUGAGUAGAAGGAAAACACUAGAUUUUGAGUCCAAGGACUUGGGUUCGACUUUGAUCGUGUUACUUACUACCUCAGUGAUGGUGGGCAAGGCCGUUCCCUUCUCUCAACCUCAGUUUCCCCAACUCUAAGGAAGGGGACUUGGACUAAGUGAUCUUUGCGGUCUCCUUCCACAUUAAAGGCCUAGAAGCCUAUCUCACUAGAGCCUGAAGUCCCAUGGGGGGGGGGGGGUGUUGGAGCAGUUAAAAUUGAGAAGGCAGCUUUAGAGGACCUGGAUUCAAAUCCCACCUUGUGGCGUCAGAAGAGCUGGGUCGAAAGCCCACCCCUCCAGUUCUUUCUACUUGGGUGACCUCAGUCACUUCCCUUCCUUGGGCUUCAGUUUCCUCAGUGGUCAAAAUGAAAGGCUGGGGCUCCAGAGCUGGCUAAAAUGCUCCUCAGAGGUUUUUGGCUGCUUUGACCAAGUCUUAUGGGGUUCCACUGGGAGACAGCCUAGUGCCACCCCCCCCCCCCCGAGAACUGACCCUUUACUUCCACACUCAAUAAAGAAGCAAAUUAAAAUCAACAGAUGCUUUUUAACCUUGUGGAAUGUGCAGAGGCUUGUGCUGGGCAUUGAAAAGACCUGGACCACAUUCUCAUGGUGCCAGCAGGGAAAACUAUCAGCUAAAAGGAGAAAAGAAAAAGUUUACAUGUAACGUGUCCAUAAAUAUCUUCAUAUAUAGUUACAGCCUCAUAGAACCUCAGGCUGGAAGGAGCCACAGAAGUUGUCUAAUUCACUAAUUAAAAAAAAAAGUAUUUGUCCAUCAGUCAUCUUCAGUCAUGUCCGAUUCUCCAUGACCCCAUUUGGGGUUUCCUUGGCAAAGAUACUGGAGUGUUUUGUCAUUUCCUUCUCCGACUCAUUUGACAGAUGAGGAAACUGAGGCAAACAGGGUGAAGUGACUUGCCCAGGGUCACACAGCUAGAAAGUAUCAGAGGCCAGAUUUGAAUUCCAAUCUUUCUGACUCCAGAUCCAAGGAUCUAUCCGUUGGCUCAUCUAGCAGCUAGAGGAGGAAACCAGAGCCGCAAAGAUUGAACUGAGUUGCCCGGGGUUACGGAAGCAGUGAGUGUUAGAGGAAGGUUCGAACCCAGGCCUUUGGAUUUGAGAACCUGUGCCCUUCCUUCUUCACCACCAUAGGAUUGACUGUUCUAAUAACUUUCUUUGUAACAUUUUGUACUGAGACAAAUAAAAUGACUUUUCUACUUUCUGUAA